AUUCGGCCGUUACAGCUCGCCCAGAACAAGUGUUUACGCUGGUUCUUGGGGGCAUUUCGCACUUCGCCCGUGGAUGCGAUGCACCACCUGGGCAGUAUCUUGCCCAUGCGCUGGCAACUGAAUCGUAUCUGCGAUCGUGCCGCCGUCCGCUUACACACACUCCCUUCUACCUCACAGGUACUCGCCAGGAUGCCUCAUCCUUGGCCCAUCACUGCGGUCCCCGAGCCAGCGGGCGCAGGUGCGUGCGUGUUUCUGGCCGGAACUCUUCUGCUCGAGCGAUCCUGGGGCCUUGGACGUCAGUCUGAGGUGUUCGACGCUGAGAUGUUCGCCCUCGCCGCGGCGGCGGAGAAUGUCUCACGUCUGCUUCGUACCCGGCCACACGUAACUUGUGUGGUCUUUGCCUCGGAUAAUCGCGCAGCGGUGGAGUCGAUUCUCGAUCUCCACCCU